AUGUCCUCCGUCUGGAACCCCGACAAUGUGCGAGACGUCGCCGAAUCAGUUGGCAUCGCCUCACUCGCCGACAACGUCGUCGAGGAGCUAGCGCGCGACGUUGACUUCCGGCUUGCACAGGUACUGGAGGAGGCUCUGAAAUUCAUGCGACACGGCAAGCGGACGACGCUGAGCACACAGGACGUGUCCAAUGCUCUGAGAAUAUUGAAUGUGGAGCCGCUUUACGGCUACGAGUCCACUCGGCCGCUGCGCUUUGGCGAGGCUUCCCUGGGGCCUGGACAGCCGUUGUACUAUGUCGAGGAUGAGGAGGUUGACUUUGAGAAAUUGAUCAAUGCGCCGCUUCCCAAGGUGCCACGAGAGGUCACAUUCACAGCGCACUGGCUCGCCGUGGAAGGAGUGCAACCAUCGAUACCCCAGAACCCAACGGCGACCAACCAGGGAGACCUGUUGCCCAAGGGAACCAAUGCAAAUCCUCAUCUCGCGGCAGCCAACGGUCUGGAUAACGUCAAUGUCAAGCCGCUGGUGAAACAUGUGCUCUCCAAAGAAUCGCAAGAGCUUUUCGCCAAGCUCUCCGGUGCACUCAUCGAUGAGACGAACAUUGAAUGGCAAAACGCCGCGCUUGCGGCUAUUCGAACAGAGCCUGGCAUCCACCAGCUAACAACGUACCUGCUCACCUUCAUCGCUGAGAAGGUCACCCACAGUGUGAAGAACCUGUUCGUGUUGCAGCAGAUGAUGCAGGCUACUAGCGCCCUGCUGGACAACCAGGCUAUUUAUUUGGAUCCGUAUGUCGCAUACAUGGUACCGCCUGUCCUGACCUGUUGCACGGGUAAAUACCUAGGACCAAAGACACAAGCAGCGUCCUCGAACGCCUUAUCGGAAACGCUCAACGGUGUUGGCCCCAACGGCCACAGUUCGAAUGGCCCAGACCAUUUCAAAUUACGCCAGUUGGCUGCCUCGAUCCUUAGCCGCAUCUGCCAGAAGUAUGGGUCAUCGAAUCAGGGGCUCAAGUCGCGGAUCGCAAGGACGUGCCUACGGCAGUUCAUGGACAUUGGCAAGCCGCUGGGCACGCACUACGGUGCACUACUAGCGCUGCUGAUCAUCACUGGGAAUGAGGGCAUGAAGAUGCUUGUGUUGCCUAAUUUGAAGAUUUACAAUGACGACGUGCUCAAGGGUGCCUUAUCGGACGAGAGCAAGAAGAAGGACGCGGAGCGAGUGCUUGCUAUCCUGCUCGAAGCCCUCAAGGCACUGGGAGGCACAAGAUCUGCAACAAUGACCAACGGUGUCGCUGAUAUGGAGGGGCUGAGGGAACGAUUGAACGGCAAGGUCGGCGACGUUAUUGCCGACCAGAUCAUCGCCAACAACUUCUCCGCGGCUGCGCAGGCCAUCCUGGAGACAGAUGUCAACAUUUGA